GUUUCGGAGAUUCCCGACGGGGCAGAGCGUUCAGUAAGGAGCGGCUGAUUUCUGUUCGGCGUCUCCUCCUCCGACCAUCAACGCACUAGCGUUAGGAAAGUAAAACAGCCGGAUUCUUGGGUCUCCCAAAGGUUUGUUGAAGCUUCUUCACUCGAACGCUGCUGUUUUCCCGUCUACGGUGAACUUGGAAAUUGCAUUGCGAGUGACUUUGUGACUCUGGAAUUGCGUUUUGGGUUUCAUUCGUUAGCUUCGAUUGUGCAGAUUGAUACGCAGCGGACAUGGCGAAGCGGAAGAGAGGGAAGGCUUUGGGGUCGGUGGAAAGCGAUUCGAAGAAGGGAAGAGGAGAAAGGGGCAAGAUAGAGUCUAAAGCUGACGAUGUAAUUGCUUCAAAGCAAAGAGAGGAAGCCGUUGCCAAGUGCAGCAAGAGUAAUCCCCAUUUGAGGGAUGUCAAGUCACGGGCUGUAUUUGUUCUGGAGAAUGCUUCUCUGACCAAGGGCUUCGUCCACAAGAAAAAGAAGAUACUGCGAUGUAACGAGGAUGGGAACUCUCUGCUCAGGCAAGGGAAGAACCCCAAUGACUAUCAGCCUGACAUUGUCUUUGAGGCUCUGCGGGCAAUUCUGGACAGUAAACUUAAUAAGGCUGGUAUGGUUGGAGCUAUUUAUGUCAAAACUGAUGCUGGACUACUCCUUGAAGUCAAACCUAAUGUAAGAAUACCAAGAACUUGCAAGAGAUUUUGCGGCGUAGUGGUGGAUGUACUAGAGAAGUCUUGUAUACGGUCCAAGGAUACUGGGGAUGUUCUCAUUCGUGUGGUUGAAGGACCUGUGACACGAUAUCUACCGGAAAAUGCCUGUAUAACUGGCCUCUCUUACAGCUCACAAAAGUCUGUUCAGAUAAAGGACUAUGUCUCUGGCAUUAGUGACGAUUUCAACCCUGUGUUUGUGGUGGGUGCAAUGGUGAAUGGUAAAGUCAGUGAGGAGUACACUAAUGACUACGUUUCAAUAUCAGACUACCCGUUGAGUGCCAAGUUUUGUCUAGGCAUGAUAUGCCAUGCACUGGAGCAGAAGUGGAGCAUCUUCUGAACCCUCUUUGAACUCAUGAUUACUGGUAGGAUUACUGCAUUCGAUAUAGCUAUUUAUAUAUACGUUGGAAUCAAGUGUACAUGCAGUGUAAUGCGGUUUUGCUUGCACUAUAAUCUUAGGGGGGAAGUACGGUUUUUUGUUCUUUUCUUUCUCCCGAUAUAUUCAGGAGAAAGGCAAUUGACGGUUGAAAUUUUCGCCUGCUUGUCACAAGACGAUGUGAAUGACAAGCUCCAUUGUAGUGGAACUAUCAUUGUGGAAUCAAGGACGUUAGAGUUGGAUGCUUUUGAAAUUUUGGUGGAGGAUAGGGGCGAGGGGAUGAAAUCAAAUAACAUGUUAUUGGUUGCAUUUAACGUGAGAAUUGAAUUCGAGACGGGGAUGGGAAUCAGUCGGAGGUAUCUAAGCCCAUUCGUGAUACUGUUUUAGAGGGUAUGACACAUACUUUGCGCGUAUCUUGUCACGGCAGGAUCAUUCUCGUUGGUUCGACCUUAUGAACAAUGUAUGAAAACACAAUUUUCUUAUUUUAGUACUUAAUAUAUCAUUAAGUUCAACUUUGAUAAUCAAUGAGCUUGUUAAUUAAUUUUAUUAGUAAUACCGAUUAUAUCAAACUCAAUUUUCAAACCGGUUUAAAUUGUCACGCCAAUGAAGAUAAUGGUGAGAU